UCGCAGUCAGUCAUGAGUUUAGUAUGUAAGUCGCUUGAAAGUCAUAUCUCACAAAAUAUUCCAUCACAGUAUUAUGUUUGGACUUGUAAAAAUGCUGUAAAUAUAUGCGUUAUUAAUUUUUCGCGUGAUCUCGUCAAGUCGGCGAAUUUCUCAGACAAAAAGGUUACUGUUUAAAGCCAGAUUUAUUUAUCAAGAUGCGAAGCCAGGCAAGACUGUUUUUCCUACUUUUCGGACUAAUCGGUUUAGUGAAAUGUGACGAGGAUGAAUUUUUAUACGGAAAAUUCCCCCCAGGAUUUAAGUGGGGUUUGUCCGUGGCAAGUUAUCAGACGGAAGGUGCUUACCAGGAGGAUGGGAAAGGGGUCUCAAUUUGGGACACUUUUACCCAUCAAACGCCCAGUCCGAUUCUUGACGAGAGCAAUGGAGAUAUAGCUUGCUUGUCGUACCACAAGAGUGAGGAGGAUGUCCAGUUGUUGAAGAACAUGGGGGCAACUACAUACCGGUUUUCCCUCUCCUGGGCUCGCAUCCUCCCAAACGGUACUGUUGACAAUAUAAACGCCAAGGGAAUCGAGUAUUACGACAAACUGAUAAAUCUCCUCAUAAAAAAUGGGAUUGAACCCGUCGUAACGUUGUAUCAUUGGGACCUGCCACAACAUUUACAAGACUUAACGGGGGGAUGGCCAAGUGAGGAAAUGAUCCCCUAUUUCGUUCAGUAUGCUGAAUUGGCAUUCUCAAAAUUUGGGGACCGUGUCAAGACGUGGACGACGUUUAAUGAGGCGUGGGUUGUUUGCCUGAUUGGUUAUGGCGAAGGAGUAUUUGCCCCAGGGAUUAAAGAAAUAUCAGAAACGCCAUACAAAUGUGCCCACACAAUACUCAAGGCGCACGCUCAAACUUAUCGAAUGUUUGAUGAAAAAUUUCGGCCUAAAUUUGGAGGAAAACUUGGCAUCGUUAUUGACUCGGGUUGGUACAUAGCUGCAGAUGAGAAUGACCCUAAAGACGUUGACGCUGUCGAGAGGGCUCUUCAGUUUAAACACGGAUUAUUCGCCAGCCCUUUAGUUUUUGGAAAAUAUCCCGACAUUGUGAGAAAAUAUGUGGACGAAAAGAGUCAAAAUGAGGGAAGAAGUUCAUCCAGGCUUCCAACAUUUGAUGAAGAAUGGUCAACUUUUCUGUCUGGCGGCGUAGUCGAUUUUCUCGGCCUUAAUCACUACACGACCCAAAUGGUGUCCGCCAAGCCAACGCGUGGCCCCCCAUCCUGGUACACAGAUCAAGACCUUAGCACUUAUCAAGACGACGCCUGGCCUAAGUCGGCGUCUUCCUGGCUGCGCGUCGUUCCCUCCGGAUUUCGCCACAUCCUCAAUUGGAUCAAAAACACGUAUGGAAACAUUGAGGUGCUCGUGACGGAAAAUGGCUUCAGCGAUACGGCCGACGCUGAUUGGAACGACGACGACAGGGUCAACUAUUUCAAACAGUAUACGAACAACAUGCUCAAAGCAGUGACGAUUGAUGGCUGCAAUGUUACCGGAUAUUUGGGCUGGAGCUUGCUGGAUAAUUUUGAAUGGGCGAGCGGAUACACAGAACGGUUCGGCGUGCAUUGGGUAAAUUUCAGUGACCCUGACAGAACGAGAACACCAAAAAAAUCUGCCGCAUUUCUCAAGGAACUCUUUACAAAUAAUGGAUUUGCGAAAGUGGACAAAAAGGACGAAUUUUAAUUUUGAUUAAGUACGACGUGUCGAGACUGUGAUAUAUAAUAUUUAGUUAGAUUGUGGGUCCGUAAAUGAACAAUUAAAUUUUUAUCAUUUACCAAUCACGUACAUUUUGUAAUAUAUGUAUUUACCAUAUUUGAAUGUUUAUUAAACAAGCUGGAAAAGUGUCUCGUCUCGUUUCUUGUUGAAUAAAUUGCUGUUAUAGGCGUCAAAGUUUCUCCA